AUGCUUCCAUCCAGCAACCAAUCUCAGCUUGCAGAGUGUGCGGCAAUCCCAGUCAUCGAUCUUUCGGCUUUGGAUAGCUCGUGUCCAGAGGAGCGUCAACGGCUGGCACGACAGAUUUAUGAUGCUUGCACUCGAGUUGGCUUUUUCUACGUCAAGAACCACGGAAUCCCCGAGACCCUCGUCAAUGACGUCCAUAAUGUAGCUGCUCAAUUUUUCAGCCUGCCCGAAGAAGAGAAAAUGAAGUUUUACAUUGGGAAUUCCCAGAAAUUCCGCGGUUACAGCCCCGUCGGCGGCGAAAAAGCUACUGGUACCGAAGAGAACCCCAUUUCCGAAGAAGAGGCUGGCGUCAUGCUAUCCGAGGCUUUUGAUAUCGGAUACGAAGUUGCUAUGGACUCUACCAAGAAGCCCGGCGCGACUCUCCCGCCGGAUACCUAUGGUCUCUAUGGUGAAAACCAGUGGCCGGAUGAGCAGACACUGGCUGGUUUCACUCAGACGUAUCUGGGAUACUGCGUCUCGGCGUUGGACCUCUGUCGCAAGAUGAUGAAGAUUUUUGCCCUUGCACUGGGUCUACCGGAGGAGUAUUUUGAUUCCAGCAUGCAGACUCCUGGUGUGACUUCUCGUAUGAUGCAUUACCCGGCGCAACCGGUGGCGGGAGAAGUACAGGAGGGUCUUGGGGCACAUACUGGGCAUGUGCCGGGCUUGGAAAUCCUCAAUCACAACGGCGAGUGGGUUCUGGCUCCCCCGAUUGCAGGAACAUUGGUUGUCAACAUUGCCGAUUGUCUUUCCACCUGGACAAACAAAAAAUUCAAGUCAACAAUCCACCGGGUGAAUAACCUGUCCGGGGAGGAAAGAUACUCUAUUCCAUUUUUCUUUGGCGUUGACUACGACAGCACCAUUUCCGUGCUAGACAAGUAUACCUCGAGCGAGAAUCCACCUUGCCGGGCACCCUUCAAGGCGGGCGAUUGGGUUCGCGAAAAGUUGUCUAAAGCAUAUGUAGGAUACGAAGGCUGA